UGAGAGGAGUUGAAAUAGGGCAGAGCAAGGAGCGGAGCGCUGAGAGGAAAACCAGCCGGAGGAGCCGGAGGAUGGCAAACCUCUGCUGAGAGAGUUGGGGGACGCGCUUACCACGUCGCUUACUAACGCAGCUGCUACUGAUACACCAGCCCGUAAUUAAUCUGAAACCUUUAAGCCCUGCCGAGCCAGGGGGGAGAGAGAGAGAGAGAGAGAGAGAGAGCGAGAGCGAGAGAGAGGAGUGGAACUAAAAGAGCGCAGUUUGGACGCGUCGCUGCGAGGAAAUCUGUGGCUCGAAUUUCCUUUCUUUCUGUUCUCUCACAGGUAGACAGUCAUGGGCAGCCUGGGUGUUUGGGCUGUGGCUUUGGCCGCUCUGCUGGGAACCUCAGGGUGCUGGCUGGCUGAAGGACACAAGAGCGGCAGUCGAGGCAGCAUGGAUACAGCCAGCAUGUCAUAUACCUCCUCGCAGGAACAACACUCCAUGGAGAAGGGGAAAGCAGACGGGAACAUCGAUCAAUCCCUUUCUGACCCAGAUGGAGGUCCCUGUCGGAGGACCUACUGUGGACGGGGUCGACAGUGUGUCUUGAUGGCAGAAUCCGGCCGUGCUGAGUGUGUUUGCCAGGAAAAAUGCCGGCCCUCCUUUGUGCCAGUGUGCGGCUCAGACGGCAGGUUCUAUGAAAACCACUGCGAGGUUUACCGCACUGCCUGUCUGGAGAGGAGACGGAUCUAUGUGGUGCACAGCAAGGACUGCUUCUUCAAAGGCAAUGCAUGCACCAUGUCGGAGUACAACAGGCUGAAGAGUAUGCUGCUGGAUAUCCAACCUAAAGUGCUGAAGACCGGAGAGCACAGUCAGCAGAGAGACAUGGAGGAAAAGAGAGCACUGGUGGACACCAUGUUCAAAUACCUGGAUGGGGACCAGGAUGGCCGGCUGGUCAGUGAUGAGCUGGAAAGGAUCUCUAUGAAGGAGCACCUGGAGGACAGCCUGCUGGAGUGCACCAUGCAGGACCUGCUGCGUUACGACGACUACAACAAUGAUGGACACCUCAGCCUGCACGAGUUCUACACAGCUUUCCAGGUUGUGCAGCUGAGCCUGGCAGAGGAUCAGCAGAUCAGUGUCUCCACGGUAACAGUAGGCCUUAGUGCCGUCCUAACCUGUGCUAUCCAGGGCACGCUGCGCCCGCCAAUCAUCUGGAAGAGGAACGGCAUCAUACUAAACUUCCUGGACCUUGAGGAUAUCAAUGACUUUGGGGACGAUGGCUCCCUGUACAUCACCAAAGUGACAACCAUCCACAUGGGAAACUACAGUUGCCAUGCCUACGGCUAUGAAGACCUCUAUCAGACACAUGUGCUGCAGGUGAAUGUCCCUCCAGUGAUCCUGGUCUAUCCAGAGACGCAGGCCCAGGAGCCUGGUGUAUCUGCCAGCCUCCACUGCCAUGCUGACGGCAUCCCAAAUCCCAAACUCCUCUGGCUGAAGAAUGGCAUGGACCUGCAGCCCAGAUCCUCCAAACAGCUUUCUCUCAUAGCAAAUGGUAGUGAGCUCUUUAUUGGCAGCGUCCGGUAUGAGGACACUGGAGCCUAUACCUGCAUCGCCAAGAACGAGGUGGGAGUGGACGAAGACAUCUCCUCACUGUUUGUUGAAGACUCGGCCAAGAAGACCCUUGCAAACAUUCUGUGGAGAGAAGAAGGGCUUAGUGUGGGGAAUAUGUUCUACGUGUUUUCUGAUGAGGGCAUCACUGUUCUGCAGCCCAGUGAAUGCGAGAUACGCAGACACAUGAAACGGACAGAGAGAAUUGUUGCUACCUAUGAGGAGAUGUGCCCUAAAGGUGAGGGGGUGUCACCUCAGCACUGCGUGUGGUCCUCAGCAGUCAACAUCAGGGAUAAGUACAUCUACGUGUCCCAGCCCCUCCUGAGCCGACUGCUGGUUGUCGAUAUUCAAGCACAGAAGGUGGUACAGGCAGUAACAACAGAUCCUUACCCGGUGAAGAUGCUCUAUGACAAGUCACAUGACCAGGUGUGGGUCCUAACAUGGGGGGAUAUGGACAGAACACACCCAACACUUCAGGUAAUUCCUCAAGCCAGUGUAGGAGAAGUACAUCAUGCCAUCCGCACAACUUUCCAGAGGGUCAGCGACUUCUUCAUUCCUCCAACCAAUCUCAUCAUCACUCAUGUGAGGUUUGCCUUUGUCUUCCUCAAAAAUGAGCCUGCGAUACACAAGAUCGACCUGGAGACAUUCCACCGUGUCAAGACCAUCAGCCUGAAGAACUACAGCUGUAUACCACUCAACAUGGCCUACACACAUCUGAGUGGCUUCUACUUUGUCCAGUGCCAGAGCAAGAGCCACCUGCAAGCCCCUCCCCAGCUCCUCAUCGACAGCGUGACAGACACAGUGAUUGGUCCAAACCUAAAUGUCACAGGGCAGCCUUUUGUGUCACCAGAUGGCCGUUACAUCGUGACACCUGAUCCGCAGAGCUCAAAGCUGAUAGUACAGACAGUGUCAUUCCAGGGAGAGCUGGGUCUGAACCAGGAACUGGAUGAGCCCGUAGCUGUCUCCGAUUUGGCUUUCCAGCCUUCCUUCACAGAGUCAAACCAGCAUGUGGUUGUAGCCACUUCAGGCUCAGGCACGGACCUGCUAUUUGCUGAUCUGUCCUCGGGCCACACUGAGGUUCUCCCGAGCCUCAAGGAACCCCUGGGCUCUCAAGCCUGGCCCUGGGGAGGCCCCAACAGAGUAGUGGUCUCCAGCGGGUUGUUCGGACAGUACCUGGUGACGCCGUCAGCCGAGUCUCUCUUUGUCCUGAAUGGCAAACAGAGAACGCCGCACUGCGAGGUCUCAGACAUCAAGAGAGGGAACACAGUUGUCUGGGUCGGCGAAGUAUGAGUAAAAAAGAAAAAGAAAAAAAAAAAGAAUGCAGAAGACGUAGAAUUAGGGACAGACGUAAAUGAAAAAAAGGAAAGAUCAGGCCAAAUUACCUAUAAUAAAGAUUUAUGUGAACAUAUGUUGUGGACUCAACCCUGGGACUGAGCAAGAGGGGAUAUAUGCCUGGGUUUAUUGUAACAAAAGUACACUUAAAAAAUAGAGUAAUUGAGAAAACAUUAAGAAACCCUGUUGUGAUAUUUCUAUUGGGAGAAAGUGUCAAUGCCGUUCAGUGCAACAGUGAUCUAUGUGCACUUAACUAUACAGAAUUGUACAUUAUUGCACUUCCUUCCAUGUUAUCACAGCAAAUAGGUACCUGAAGAGGGGUUAUUAAUGAACUAUGAACUAUGCACAAUGCUCACUUUUUUUAGAGUAAAAAGCUUUCCGAUUUUGUUUAUCUCAACAAUGUUUGUCGUUUUCACCAGUGCUGCAUAUAAUCACCACAAACUGUCCGUCUGUCCAGUCUGCCUUUAGUGUAUGUGUGUUCUGAGUCCUUUUAAAAGCUACCAACCCAUCUGUUUAUUCGCCUUUGUCAUGGUAUUGUACUGUAUCCUCCCUCUGAGAGCUUUCAUUCUCUUCAUGCCGGCAGAGGUUGGCUUUAUGCACAUGUGUAAUACCCUCUAUUUACAUUGUCUAUCCAAAGAGCCCGAUUGGUCCAUUAGCCGUCGACAAUGGAUGUUAUGCUCGCGGAGGGAGCCUAACCAGAAACGAGCAGUACAUCUUGUGUUCUCUUGCAACGGUAUAAUCUGUCCCCCACUGUCUCUCACAUUUAUUCUGUACCUGCAGCACAACUCUGUGCUGUGGAGCCUGAAAAUGCCACUUAGCAGAUUCCCUCAGGGUAAUGACUCCGGUUUACGCUGACCCACAUGCUGAGGCCGUGCCAAAAGUGGCAUCAACUCCGCUAUCUGACUGGCUGUGAGCAUUUGUACAUCCUCCCAGAGAGCUGUGCAUCAAGAUCAAACUCUAAGGCAGGUAGACUAUAUUCGUCAUACAGUUAUAUAGUUACAGAGCUGUAACACAAAGAGAAUAUUUUUUUAUUAGUUUCUGUCUAUCAACCACAUAUGUACAGGAAAACAAAAUAUGCUGUAUCUCAAAUCCUAGCAGCCUAUUUUAAAAGCAGGGAUACAUUUUUACAAACAUUAGCAAUACAUAGUUUUUCAUUUGUCCUGUUUCCAGGAAUAUUAUUGUUAAAUUGCUAAAAUGACUACUUGUACAGGUUUGUUUAUGAUUAUUAAAAAUAUGUAUCCCUGCUUUUGAAAAACCCGGUAUUAUCUGCCUCGAGGCAGUAACCGAACAAACACCAGCAACCCUUGUUCUAGUAAAAUGGCAGAUAUUUUCUCUCCAUGGUCGAACUACAUCAUCUUCUGUGUAAUUUGGUUUUGCCACAUGCGCUAAUCAUCAUAAUGAUGAUCCAUUAACAAGAAAGAGCAUCUGCUUUUCUGAAAAUGUAAUAAUGUAAUCAGAAAUUACUGGAACCAUAGUGUCUCUCAAACAUUCCUGCUACUCAACAGUAGUGACGAGGUCUGUAGCUUUGACAACAUGCUUGACGGCUCUUAGAUUUUGGCCUAAAAUGGGUUCCGGCCUGGGGCGAUGGCUUUUUAUUUAUUUAUUUAUUUUCUUCUCUCAAUGCUGCAUAGCCUUUCUCUGUGCCUCAAACUACAGCCAAAAAAUGACUUUGCUCUAAUAAUCACCUCUCAUAGAUGUCUUGUUCUCUUAUUAUGAAACAAAUCAGGAACUAUUUUUCAAUAAUCUGAUUCCCAUAACUACCAAGAUUUGUAUUCUCCCAAAAUACACAUUUAAAUCAUCCUUAUACAAGCUGCUUGACAUUACCUAAUUAAUUAAUUGCAUAAUAGAAUGACUAAUGCUGGGUUCUACAAAUUGUCAGUACAAAACUAUUCUUAAAUUGAGCUUAGAACAGGUAGAAGCAGAACACUGCACCAAGACAUAUUCCAAAACAAAAAUGAUGUUAACUUGAUGUUAAAUUAAAUCACCUAAACGCAGUGGACUAUAAACACUUAGGCUCUGUCCCUGCGUGGAAAGGGGAAAUACUUUCAAAUGUGAUUGGAAGCUCUUGUGUAUAUACAGUAUGCAAUGCUGGAACAAAUACUCACAGCCUUUAGGAUUUUGCAGUUGUUACCACCUACAGACCAAGAUGUCAAAGUCCAAUUUUAGGGUAUCCAACAAGUCUGUCGGAGUUCUGUAAGAAAAGUGUACCACAGCUGAAGUCUUGUUACUGGAAUAUAUCUGCUCAUGUGUUUUUGUUUUCUUUCCCCCCUCAAUACAAACAGCAGCCCCAAAAUAAAUAUUAAUCAGCUCCUAAUACGUAGUUGUGCCUGUACCUUCCCAAUGCAAUGCAAUGUGUAGGGUAGAAACCAAGCUGUGUAUGGAGAAAAAA